UGAGAGAGGCAAUCUUCUUAACAUCAGGCAUGGCUUCUGAGUGUAACAAAAGCUUUUCAAUACAAUGUAGAGAUGAAGAUGGGGAUGGUGUGUGUUCCAUGUAUGUUGUAAGGAGAAGAUGAACAGAAGCCCAGGAGUGGCUAAUAAGAAGUAGAAACUACCUUAUUAUCGCUUUAUAUACUUUGAUUUGAGCAAAUUUUUACAAGAGCGGAAUCCACUGAGACAGCAACUUACACAACAUGUUAAGCUGAACUUAGACCCAUGGAGAUGAGUGUCAACUGCUCUCUGUGGCAGGAGAACAGCUUAUCUGUCAAACGCUUUGCAUUUGCUAAGUUCUCUGAGGUCCUUGGAGAAUGCUUCCUCCUGUUCACCCUCAUCCUCCUCAUGUUCUUAGUAUCACUGACAGGAAAUGCACUCAUAACCCUUGCCAUCUGCACCAGUUCAGCCCUACACACCCCCAUGUACUUCUUUCUGGCCAACUUGUCUCUCCUGGAAAUUGGCUACACUUUCUCAGUCAUACCCAAGAUGCUGCAGAGCCUUGUAAGUGAGGCCCGAGGAAUCUCUCGGGAGGGAUGUGCCACACAGAUGUUUUUCUUCACACUUUUUGGUAUAACUGAGUGCUGCCUACUGGCAGCCAUGGCCUUUGACCGCUGCAUUGCCAUAUGCUCCCCACUCCACUAUGCAACCCGAAUGAGUCGUGGGGUAUGUGCCCAUUUGGCAAUUGUUUCAUGGGGAACAGGUUGCAUUGUAGGAUUGGGACAAACCAAUUUUAUUUUCUCCUUAAACUUCUGUGGACCCUGUGAGAUAGACCACUUCUUCUGUGACCUUCCACCUGUCCUGGCACUUGCCUGUGGAGAUACAUCCCAAAAUGAGGCUGCCAUCUUUGUGGUAGCAGUCCUCUGUAUAUCUAGCCCAUUUGUGCUGAUCAUUUAUUCCUAUGUGAGAAUUCUGGUUGCAGUGCUGGUGAUGCCUUCACCUGAGGGGCGCCAUAAAGCUCUCUCCACCUGUUCCUCCCACCUUCUUGUAGUCACACUCUUUUAUGGCUCAGGAUCUAUUAACUACUUGAGGCCCAAGUCUAGUCACUCUCCAGAAGUGGAUAAACUUUUGGGUCUCUUCUACACAGCAGUGACAUCCAUGCUGAACCCCAUCAUCUAUAGCUUAAGGAACAAGGAAGUAAAGGGAGCACUGAGAAGAACUCUGGGGCUGAAGAAAGUUCUGAUAGCGAAUAGGUAA